GGGAAAGUGAUAACGCUGUUAUCUUGUUUAAAAUUAUGUUUUCUCCUGUGCUUAUUUUUACAAUGAUUAAACUCAGUGUCGUCCGAAAUCCCAUCUCAUAAUGUGAAGAUCCCUUUCACGGGAAGUGACGUCAUAGACGACCCCGCAUAGUUACGACUUCAUUGUCGGCGCAUCGCCGCCUUAGUCAGACGUUUUGUUGCUGCCGCUGUUGUUUCACGCCGUUUUAGACGCUGCCAUCUCACUUAGUGGAUGCGAGCACUGAAAACAAGAUGAUAUUUCUGCACGGUUUGGCUUUGGCCGUGUAUGAGGUACAGAGAUACCUCAAAUACCGCCAUGAUCAGAGAUUGGAGAUGCUAAGGCGGGAUGCAGCACUGAAAGCAGCCGCGGAGUCCGCUGCCCAAAAUAACCUCAUGAUUGCUAAUGCAAUGGAGGCUGAGAGAUUGGCUGCAGCUGAUGCUGCAGAGAAGGCCAAGGUUGCUGCUGCUGUAGCAGACGCUGAGUAUGCCGCCUGGAAGGAGGCCCUGAUUGCUGCAGCUCUGGAGGCCGAGAGAGUGUCUGCAUACUUAAGGAAGAACGCCGGGACGCCUGCAGCGUUUGAGGCCAACAGAUUAGCUGCAGUUGCCACGGAGAAGGCCCAUUCUGCUGCUGCAGCAAUGGAGGCCGAGAGAGUAGCAGCAGCAGCAGCACGAAUUGCUGAGGACAUGUCUGCAGCUGUUGCUGCUAACUUGGCUAAAGACGAAGUUGCUGCAGGUGCUGUUGCAGACGUCAGGGCCGACGCCGUUUUAGUCAAACAGGAAAAGCCCAAGAAGAAGGGCUUGUUCGGAGGCAUGAAGACUGGCUUCAUGCUGUAAAUGCUGCAUUCCGAUUUGAAAUCGAAACGCCCGAUGAACUUUUUGCUCUGUGUAUAAGAAACCUUCUGAUCAACUUCAGAAGAGAUUCGUAAAUUUAGAGGCUGAUGGGUAAACAGUUGAACAUAUUAUUCGGAUACCCAUAAAUGUACGUGUAAUUAUCGUUUCUUUAGAUAUGUGUUGAUUUACAUCUUGAUUAUCAUGUUGAUUUACUGUCUGAUAUUUAGUGAUGACAAAUAUCCAGACCAGCAGGAACACUGACCUACUGUGACGGGAUUGUGCGGGGGUGUUGUGUCACCAUUUCCAUGUGUUGUUGACAGUCCAGGGCGGACUAAAUCGUGCUAACGUUGUACAGACUAAGUGGUUCAAUACCAGCGUCAUAUUGUCAAAAAGAUGAUCAACAUGUUGUGACAGGGGGUGGU